UGGAAGCCCAGGGAAGUUAAGUAAUAUCCAGGGUCACACAGCUAAUAAUGGUCACUGUCAGCAAUAGAGUUUGAAGAGAGGUUUUCCUAAUGGAGGCUUUUUAGUGCCAGACUAAGGAUUUGAUUUAUCUGUUUUGAGUGUGACAUACGGAGACAGGAACAUAGAAAGAACUAGUAAGGAAAUGGAAUGAUAGAGAUAAGGAAGAGAAAAACGGGAAUAAAGGAAGAGACUUAUUGAAAGAGAAAUAUUCAGACAUGCUCAGAUACACAGAAAUACAAUCUCAGAAAAGUAAGACAAAAGGAAAACUGCACUGAAUAUGUUGUCUCUGAUCUCCAGCCCUCACUUUAUAUGGAAGCAUGGCUGAACUGGGAGAAAAGUUUUAUGUCACCACUGGCCAGUCUGUCGAUUUCUUCAUGAUUAAUAAAACUUGCCAGGAGAUGGGAGGCACUGUUGCCACUCCGAGGAAUGAAGAGGAGAAUGCAGCCAUCAUGAAGCUGGUGGAAUGUCCAGCCCUCUAUACCCCUUUUUCAACUAACCAAGUCCUACCCAGCCUUCAGAACUUACCUGAAUGUGCUACCUUUUUUCCCAUGUGGCAAUGCUUGGAUCUGCCAUUAUACAGUAAAUCUUUGCUUUUGAAUCCUUACACAUUUGUACUGUUAUAGCCAAAAAAACUUAUAGAAAUAUUAUAGCUUAUAAGAAUAUUAUAGCCAAAAAGCUAAACUCGGCAAUUAAGCAGGGGGGUUUUUGGAUAACGUCAUGCCGGGCUCAAACAGGGCAGUUAUCUCUGGCUGACAGCCCCAGGGCCACAACUCCUCCCCUAGACAGAAUAGCCUUGAAGAUUCCUAGACAGAACAGCCUUGAAGAUUAAGAAUCAUAUCCUGUGGCACCUGGAAACAUCCCUACU